UACGAGCCCGUGUGUUUGGAGUGCAGACUGUAAACUUCAGCAUCUCUGGACCGACUUCACCAUCAGCUGUCACUCAAGGAUUUUUAUAUCGCCUUUUCAUUAUCCUGUAUAUUUUAUUCGGUAGUUUUUGAGGAUGGCGGGUAGAUUGAGGUUCGUCCGGUCUCUGAUGAAGACGGCAGCGCAGGCCAACGUACCAAAACACAUCGACCACUUCUCCAAGUUCUCCCCGUCUCCUCUGUCCAUGAAGCAGUUCUUGGAUUUCGGUUCCACCAAUGCUUGUGAACGCACAUCGUUUGUCUUCCUGCGACAGGAGCUUCCUGUCCGUCUGUCCAACAUCAUGAAGGAGAUCAGCUUGCUGCCGGACCGGCUGCUGGCCACGCCCUCCGUCCAGCUGCUCCAGAGCUGGUACAUCCAGAGCCUGCUGGAGAUCCUGGAGUUUCUGGACAAGAACCCCGAUGACCACAGAGUCCUUGAGAUGUUUGUUGAGGUCUUGGAGUCCAUCAGGAACCGGCACAACGAUGUGGUCCCCACUAUGGCUCAGGGGAUCAUCGAGUACAAAGACGCUUUUGGCCGGCAGGACCCCGUUACCGACCACAACGUCCAGUACUUCCUGGACCGCUUCUACACAAGCCGCAUCUCCAUCCGCAUGCUCAUCAACCAGCACACUCUUGUCUUCAAUGGCAACACAAACCCUGCCCACCCCAACACUAUUGGCUGUAUCGACUCCAUAUGUGACGUGACAGAAGUUGCACGAGAUGCCUAUGAGAGCGCUAAGCUGCUGUGUGAGCAAUAUUACCUGGGAGCACCAGAGCUGGAGCUGACGCAGAUGAAUGCCAACAACAACAGAGAGCCCAUCCACAUCUCAUACGUCCCAUCUCACCUGUACCACAUGCUCUUUGAACUCUUCAAGAAUGCCAUGAGGGCAACCAUUGAGAACCACGAGGCCAGCAGGACCCUCCCACCCAUCAAAGUCAUGGUCGCUCUUGGUGGAGAGGACCUGUCAAUCAAGAUGAGUGACAGAGGAGGCGGCGUUCCCUUCAGGAAGACUGAGCGUCUUUUCAGCUACAUGUACUCCACAGCUCCCAGACCCUCCAUAGGGGACAAGCACAGAGCCCCACUGGCGGGGUUUGGCUAUGGUCUGCCCAUCUCUCGCCUCUACACUCGCUACUUCCAGGGAGAUCUGCAGCUCUUCUCCAUGGAGGGUCAUGGCACUGACGCGGUCAUACACCUGAAGGCAUUGUCCACGGACUCGGUGGAGAGGUUGCCAGUUUUCAACAAGACCGCUCUGCGUCACUACAAGCUGAGUUUGGAGGCGGACGAUUGGUGCGUUCCCUCCAAGGAGCCAUUGGACCUUGCCGUGUACCGCGCUUCCAAGUGAUUCAGUCAUGACCUGUGACAUGACUUUUAAAAAAAAACUCACAAGCUGACCAUGACAAAAUGUCGGUCAAGAGACAGGGCAUUGUGGGACCAGUACUAUAACCCCGGAGGUGGACGGGAGCUGAGGUGACCAAAAGUGGCCGAGGUGAUCAAAAAACAAGACAGAGCAUCUGCGUCCUGAUUGUCCAGGAACUUCCUUGAUUGCAGCGAGCGUCAUCUUCCUGUACCUCCCUCUUUUUUCACUAUAAGUGUGAUUUAGAUAGAGGAAGGUUGACGUUUUAAGAUAGCAGACAGGAGUGGAAAACCAGAGAGACAGACCGAGAUGGAGAGGUUAAUUGAGCUAAUGGUAGGGCUGAACCAUUUGAAGAAAGUAUCUUAUUGUGGACAUUAUCCAACCAACAUUGGGAUUGGGAUUUGUGAAAACAUUUCACUCAAACAUUAGCAACCUGUUUUGAUGAUUCCUUUGAAUGUUAUUUUUAUGGUGCUUCUCAACCAAUCAGGUCUUUAGGUUUAAAAGUGCCAGCGGAAUGUUUUCCUCAGGGACAGUAAGUGCCUACAUUGACAGAGAAGGGCGUUCUUCUCUUUCUGCUUCAAGAAACGGAACAUAUUGUCUUUCUUUGUGUUCCUGCUGUUACAACCGUUCUCACUCCCAACUCGUUAGAUAUCAAAGCUUGGUUGGUGACCCUCGGCAUCUGAUACCGACUCACUGUGGCUUUCAACUAACUCUAAUGUAAACCCAUCCACAACAUUGUGGACUGUGAACGCAGGAAUACAUUUUGAAAAGACAAUAUGCAUGUAACAAAAGAAACUGACAAGCUUUCCAUUACAGUUCCAAAACUGACGCUUGAAGGGUACCAUAGUUUGAAGGGCCCCUGACCAAGCGUCGGUAUUUGACCAGUGGGCAGAGAAUGUGUUGGCUGUUAGAGUCAAUCAGUCAGGGGGAAUACAAUGCAAACUUGUGUUGUUUUACUUUUGCUUGUCUUCUACACAUUGACUAAGUAAGUCUUUUCUUGAAUCCCUGCACAGUUGCUGAUAAUGAUUAAGGAUCAUUUGGUCAGAGUUUAGCAGAUACUGUGACAUACGUCACGUAAACUUCCGUAGACAGUAAUGGUUAUCCAUUAAUCAGCUUUGAUAAGUGUGGAAUGCUCCUUUAUCAGGUUGUUGUUGAAGACCUAUAACUGGUCCGAACUGCAACGACUAUAUUUGACUCUGUAUGGAAAUAACUUUGUAUUGAUUACAUCACUUAUAUCACUGAUGUAGUGAUUCACUGUGUGCAUUUCCAAAUAAGUGUGACUCAGAUAUUGUUUUAUUGAGUAAUUUGAAGUGUCUAUAUUUUAUUGUAUACUUGAAGUGAACUGUUCAUUUUAGAGGACUUCUAUUUUCUAUAAAGAAAUGUUUGGAAAAAUAAAUCAUCCUGAAAGCAA